AUGAAUCUGAUGUAACUUACUUUAACAAUCUUUUUGACUUUACUUUACUAACUUGAAGGUCAUUAGAUCUUGAAGAAUUUUUAGAUUAUUAGAAAAUUAUAGGAUACAGAAUAAUGUUUGACAAAUCAGUUUUUGGAUAAUGGCAUAUGCCAAGGUUAAUAUUCUUAAUAUAACAUAGACUGUCACUAUUCAUGUUGGAAAUGUUCAUCUAGCAGUUCAUCUAAUUGUUUAGAAUGUUUGAGCGAUGGUAAUCGAUUUUUAGAGAAUUCUGUUUGUAAAUGUUAAGGGAAUUAUUAUGAUGAGAAUAAUGAAUUAUUUUGCUAGCGUAAAUAUAAAUAGAAGUUAGGUUGUCGUUUUCCUUGUUUAAAUUGUUAAGGAAAUUAGAAUAACGAUUGUCUAAGCUGCUAAAAUUAAAUGAUUUUAUUUGAAAAUGAAUGCAAAUGUGGAGAGCAUUAAUAUUUUAAUUAUGUUAAUUUCUUAUGUGAAGGUUUAAAAAUAAAAUAUAUUUGAAAUAGAUUGUCAUCCUACUUGCUCAAAAUGUAAUGGAUCUUUGAAUUCAAACUGUCUAAUGUGUAAAUAAGAUUAGAAUACUAUUUUACAAUCUAAUAUAUGUAUAUGUAAAGAGGGAUAUUACAAGUCAAAUGUUGACAAUAAUUGUUAUAGUAAUAUAAUAAAUAAAAUUUAUAGAAUGUCAUUAAAAUUGUAAAACAUGUUCAGGACCAGCAAAUAAUGAAUGUUUAAGUUGCUACAAUAAUAAAAGUGGAAGUUCCUGUAGUUGUUAAAUUGGAUAUUAUGUAUCUUAAUUGAUUCCAAAUUCUUAAGUUUGCUUUAGUAAGAAAGAUGAAAUUAUUUAUAGAAUGUCAUCCAACUUGUUAAAGUUGUUAAGGUUCAGGAGAAGAGUAUAAUUGUUUAACAUGUCAUGCAAAUGCAACAUUGUAAGCAAGUUCUUAAAUGUGUCUAUGCAAUUCAGGGUAUGUUUGGAAUGGUGAUUCAUGUAUUUAAUGUGAUACUGUAUGUGGGGGAUUGUGUAAAUACAAUGCUAGUAAUUGCUGCACAGCACCAUGUGUUUGUAUGAAAUCCAAUAAUAUUUUAGAAUGUUUAAAUCCUAAUUGUUCAGGCUGUGAUGCCUCAUAGACAUGUACAAUAUGUCAAGUAGGAAAGACAGGUGGAAAUUGUGACUAAUCGUGUGAUGCUAUUUGUAAAACAUGUGAUAUAUCUGAUUCAACUUUAUGUACAUCUUGUAAUGGACCUAUGAUUUUAAGUAGUGGAACAUGUAAUUGUCCUUCAGGUUAAGUUUUAUCAGGUACUUCAUGUGUAAAUGCAAGUAAUAUUUAAUUAUUUAAUUAGUUUGUGCUGCUACAUGUACAAGUACUGGAUGCAUAGAUGGAUAUUAUGGAACAAAUUGUGCAUCCACUUGUGAUUAAAGUUGUAGGAAAUGUUGGGGUGGGAAUAACACUUAAUGUAAUUUAUGUAAAAGUAAUGCUUAUGUUGGUUCAAGUAAUAUAUGUGUGUGUAAUUUUGGAUAUUAUAUGGAUGCAACAUAUAAUUGUUAUAAAUGUAAUUACACCUGUCGAUAUUGUUCUGGUAGUAGUACAUUUUGCACAGAUUGUUAAUUUAUGCAUAGAACAUUAGAUGCAUCUAAUUAAUGUGUUUGUAAUGCUGGAUAUUAUGAUUUUGGAAUUCCUAUUUGUUAACCAACUUAAUCAAUUUGUGGAUUUUUUUGUGGAAAUUGUAGUUUGAUAUCAGGUGUAUAUUAAUGUUUAGCUUGUGCAUUAUCAGGCACUAAUAGAAUAGAUGAUUUACCUAAUUUUUGUCCUUGUUAAAUUGGAUAUUUUGAUAAUGGAUCUUAAAUUUGUGAAUGUAAUUUAUAUAAAUUAAUUGUUAGAAUGCAAUUAUAAAUGUUCUUCAUGUAGUAAUGCUACUUCAUGUAUAGAUUGUCGUAGUAAUAGAAGUUUACCAAAUUGUGAUUGUGAUAGUGGAUUUGAAGAAUAAGCUUAAGAGUGUGAAGUCAUAUCCACCACACCUAGUAAUGUAAUUGUAAUAAAUUAUAAUGCUAUAAUUAUGAAAUAAUAUUGGAGUGAAAAUUGCAAUUUAAGUAAUUUUGCUGAUAAAAUCAAUUGUUAAUGUUUAGAUGGUUAUUAUAUGUAAAAUUCUAAAUGUUUACGUAAAAAUUUUUAUUAUACUAAUUAUAGCAUGUCAUAGAAAAUGCAAAACUUGUUCUAUCAUUUCAACUAAUUGUAUUGAAUGUAAUCUUAAUUACAUUAAUCCUCCAUUAUGCAAUUGUGUUAAGGGAUAUUAACUUAAUGAUAAUGUGUGCAUAUCUUGUAACUAAAAUUGUGUACUUUGUUCUAAUAAUCUAUGUAAUACUUGUAUAUCACCUUUAAUUCUUGAUAAUGAUAAUAUUUGUUAAUGUACAAAUGGAUAUUAUUUUGAUUAAUCUUCUAAUUAAUGUAAUAAUUGUCAAAUAUAAUGCAAUCAAUGUAAAUAUCAAUCAGAUUAUUGCACUAAAUGUAAUUUUAAUAGAAUUCUUCCUUUUAAAUGUAUUUGUCCAGAAGGUACUUAUGAAUUAUCUUAAUCAUUACCAUGUUAAAAUUGUUCAAAAUACUGUUUUACAUGUUUAACAAAUGCUUCUAAUUGUAUUACUUGUAGUACUCUUAGAAUUAAUCCACCUAUUUGUAAUUGUUUAGAUGGUUAUUAUGAAGAUAUCAAUUUAAAUUGUUUAAAAUGUCAUAACAAAUGUAAGACUUGUUAAUUAAAUGCAUAAAAUUGUGUUGAAUGCUCAUAAAAUAGAAUAUCUAAUGAAUGUUAUUGUAAAGAUGGUUAUUAUGAAAAUAAUAAUGAAGUAUGUAUUUUAUGUCAUAUCAAAUGUAAAACAUGUAAUGGAUCUAAUGAAUAUAAUUGUUUAACUUGUGAUUCAACUAAAAAUUUAAUUUAAUCUAAUUCUACAUGUAUUUGUAUAAAAGGAUAUUAUUAUGAAAAUAAUUAAUGCAAUCCUUGUAUUUAUGAUGUUCUUGAAUGUUAAACUAAUUAUUGUGGUGAUGGUAUCAAAUAAUAAUAUGAAUAAUGUGAUGAUUUGAAUAAUAUAAAUAGAGAUGGUUGUAAUUCAUAAUGUUAAAUUGAAGAAAGUUAUUAAUGUACAUUAAUUUAAAAUCUUAAAUUAAGUCCACUUAUUUAUUAUUCAUCAUGUAUUCAAUGCACAGAUGUUAAUUGUAAAUCUUGCUAGGAUAUUAAAAUAUGUUCUUAAUGUAAAUCAGGAUACUUUUUAGAUGAUAAUCAAUGCAAUCCUUGCGAGUAAUUAUAUCAACAUAUAUAUAUUUAAUAGUAUCCAUUGUAAAGAAUGUUCAGGGCCAUCUAAAAAAUAAUGUACAUCUUGUAUAUUCGAAAUAUUUUCAUCAGACAAUUGCUAAUUAUGUGAGGAUACUCAAGGUUUAUAUCUUGAAUAAGGUAAAUGUAUAUCAAAAUGUGGAGAUGGUAUGUUAAGAUUAACAGAACAAUGUGAUGAUGGUAAUAAUAUUGAUGGAGAUGGUUGUUCAUCUACUUGCAAACUUGAAUAACUAUGGAUUUGUAAUUCUAAUAAUAAUACUUAAAGUAAAUGUUAAAUUGCUGAUCUCCCUUAAGCUAGUAUUAGUUUUGAAAAACCUGCUAAUAUCUAUCAAUCUAAUAGAUAUGGAAUAAUUAAAUUUAAUAAACUUAUGAAAAUUGAUUUGAUUUAAGCAUAAUAACAUUGGAUACAAGUAAUUAAAAAUAUGAAUUAAGUUAAAUAUUAUAUUGAAAUAGGAUAUGAUAAUAAUUAUGACUCAUAUUAUUCUCAAAUUAAUUUAGAUAUUAAAUUGUAUGAUACAUUUUAAGGUAUGAUUUAUUAAAUCAAUUUUACUGAUUAUUUACCAUUUGAUUAAGAAGGACAAUAAUUAUCAAAUCAAUUUUUAGAAUAUUAAUUAGGAGAUUAUUAUAAAGUUUCUGAAUUAUAAAUAACUACAGCAGCAACAUCAAAGAAAAUUAGUUUAUUUUUUUUGGCUGCAUUAGGAGGAGCAGCUAUUCUUGGAUUACUAUUGUAAAGUCUUGAAUUCUAUUGGAAUACAUUAGAUAUGCUCUAAUUAUUCUCUUAUUUAUCAUAUAUUAAUGUUAAAUUUCCAUAUUUACAUCUUGAAUUUUUAUCCCUUUUUAAAUUUGCUUAAAUGGAUUUUUUAAAUGAUUUAAUACCAUUUUCUUUAAUAAAAUUUGCAGAAAAUGACACUUAGCACAAUUAUCCAUUAUUAAUAGAAAGAGAUGUUUAAGAGAAUCUAUUAAUAAAUCUGAGUUCAAUUUUUGUUACUUAUGCUAUACCAAUUAUUAUUUAUAUUGGAUGUAGAAUUAUUAUAAAAAUAAAUCACAAAUAUUUAUUUGAUAAAAUAUUGAUAACUGAUUCCAAAAAUUUAGGUCCUUGUUAAAUAAAAUAUUAUACUUAUUAAAUUGCAUAUUAUAUUAAUAAUACUGCAAGAAUUUAUGAACAUAGUUUUUUAUUUUAAAUCCUUUUAAGAAUUCAUUUAUCUAGUUUAUUAGAUUUAAAUUUUGCUAUAUUUACAACAAUAUAUUGUUGGACUCAACAUUAUAAGGCUAAUCUUAAUGAUACUCUUUAAUAUUUAUUUGCUAAUUUGAUAAUCUUAAUUUAAAUUACAAUUAUCAUUUUAUUAAGUAAUUCCAUUCUACUUAAAAAAUAUCAAUUUGAAUCCUUAUAAUAUAAAUUAAAAUAUGGUUCUUUAUUUGAAGGAUUUUAAAUUGUUGGUAUUCAUAAUAGAUAAGCUGCUCUACUCUAACCAUUUAAGAAGAUUCUUUUUAUGGCUUCAUUAUUAGUAUUUUUCAAUAAUGCUCUCUAUUAAAUUGGUCUUUUAAUAUCACUGUAUAUGGUAUCUGCCAUUAUUUCUAUUGUUCUUUAACCUAGUAUAAAUACUUUAGAAACAACAAAAGUUAUAACACAAGAUUUUGGAAUUUUGAUAUCUCUUAAUUUUAUACUAAUUUAUUAUGUUUAAGAUAAUUUCAAAUAUUUCUCUUAAGAUACUAUUGAAUUGAUCUCGUAUUUUCACAUUGGAAUUUACAUUCUAAUGUUAAGUGUAUAAAUCAUAAUAGAUUGUUAUAUGUAAAUAAAGUUAAUUUUUGAGAAAUAUCCAAAAUUAAAAUAGUGCUCAACAAAAAAGGAAGUAACAUCUAUAACUUCAGAUAAUACAAAUUAUUAUUUAAAAUAAUAAUUUAUUGUAAUUUAACCUAUUUAAAGACCAAUUAAAUUUAAUGUUUGA